CCUCACUCUUGCCAAACACCUGACGUAUCAGCUGUUCAUGCGAGGGGAGGAACGCAAGCUAAUUAUUACUCUUUCUGGCCUCCUACAGGUGGAUAAGGCCAAGUGUGGCCAUCCAUCAGCAAAAUGUUCAGCACCCAUGAGUCAAAUCGUGAAGCAUUUCUCGAGGCAACCAGGGAAGCUAGAGAGGAGCGGGCUGCAGAGCGAAGGCGCGAUGAAGCCGCUGUCACCAUUCAGGCCGCCAUACGUGGCUGGCUCGUGCGUUGCAGUGUGGAAAAGAAAACGAGAGAGCAUUUUGAUGAAGUCUUUGGCACAGAACCAUUGCCUGCUGACCAGACAAAUACACUCCCUGUUGCCACUGAAGCGUUUAAAGAAGCUGCAAGAUUUGUAAAGAUAUUUGAUCUUAAAAAAGACAAGAAAAGAUUUGAGAUUUUUACAAGAUACCUUUUGGCAAGUAUGGAUAGUGAAAAUGUGAAGCAAAGCUAUGUGUCGUGUGGGAUGAACAAAGAACUUACCUUGCACUGGAUUCAGCACAUGAAGGAUGUUCUGCAUAUAACAUGUAAAGUGUUAGAGAGUUUACAGGCAGAUGUUUCAUCAGACAAUCGUUUGAUAUCACUCUACCUGCACCUUCUCCUUGCCUUCACGGCCACCAACACUUGGCGUAUUAUUCGUGCACCCAACCUUGAACCACUACGACCAGCUCUCAAUAAACUGACGGAAAAUAUAAUGGGGGACUUGGUGUGCAGAGGCCUUUACACAACCCUCAAUUGUGUACUCGUACGUGGAUUAUGCAGAGGAAAAGCAGCACUGAGGGGUCCAGCCAUUACAACAAUUGUGACACUAUCCAUGCGGCCUUUGAUAGCUACCAACUAUUCAGAUAAAUUACUCUCACUUACUACCAUUCACAUACUGAGUGUCCCUGCCUUGGUUCACCAUCUAGUUCUUCUGGCACCUGAGGCUCUGAAGAUGAUACAGAAUAGUAACUUGUUUGCAAGAGCAGUUGAAUUCAUGCAGAGUGAGCAGAAUCUACGAAUUGUAUUCAACACCCUGGAGGGCCCCUAUGCCUUGUGUCUCUUGGCCAACCUUGUGCAUAUGGGUUAUGAAGAGAGAGAUGGUGCCUUAAAAGAAUUGGCUUUCCCACAAUUCAAUUUUGUAGUAACAAAGCUGUUAGAAAAAUGCCGAGAAUAUGUGACGACAAAACAGAGCAGCCUGACGCAGUGGCACCCAGUGCUUGGUUGGUUCUCCCGCCCCCUUGAUCAACAUCUGAAUGAAGCACUGUCCACUGUUAAGACGCAGUUGCAGCUUUUGUGGUCAGGCCCUGUUAUCAAGGUUAUGUUCUCUACACUCACAGAAUUAGUCAAAGACCAGGAACCCCUAAUAAGUGACAGCAAUGAUGUAUCAGGGCUGACCUCCACCACCUCCACCUUGAGCUCCUUAACCUCUGCAAGUCUCCUGAAGAAAGCUUUUGAAUGCAAACUCAGCUCCUCAAGCAAAAACAGUCCCCUGGGUAGUGGAGGAAUGCCCAAAAGUGGGACUUACCGUAAGCUGGGCUCUAAUGAUAUCUCGACAGUUGCCAUGGUUUGCUCCAUGUACCAUACUGCAACCACUACACUGUCUCAGUUGCGCAUGGAUAUCCUAACAGGUUUAUGCUACAAGAGUGACAUAGUCAUCCACCUGUGGAUGAUACUUCUCUCUCUUGGUCCUACGUGUGGACUAAAGAGCUUCUUGGAUCUGCUGUCUGUGUCAACCAAAGCAUCUGCCCCAGAAUUCCACAUGCUCAUGCUUUUCUGUGACGCAACCACCCACCUUGUGACGAUCUUGGAUGACAUAGAGAUGUACGAGAAGCAGAAACCCUUCAGUGUUGCUGAUUAUGCUGCAAUGGCGUAUUUUCUCAACAAUUUCAUAUAUAAAUUGAUCCACAAUGGCCUUGUGGAUGUUCGGAACGUGAAGAACAGUCCCCUGUUCUCUUCCCUCCACACCUUGUUCAUGCUGCUGUACACUCGCAAUUCACGCAGAAGAUACGUCCCAAAUACACAUUGGUUGAUCAAGGAGGUGCGAGUAUCAUCGUUCAUGGCAGAUUUUGGACGGGGGAAAAAAAGCACGCAGGUACUACUGCAAGAGAUGCCACACAUAAUUCCUCAUGAAGAGCGUGUGGUGUUGUUGCGAUUGCAGGUUGCAAAUGAAAAGGAAGUACUGGGACUAACUGAAGCUGCAUGCGCUGCUCCACAGUCAACACUCAUUACAGUACGAAGGUCUCGUCUUGUUGAGGACGGGUACAGACAGUUGGCUUCGCUGUCUCCUCAAGCCCUUAAGGGGUUGAUACGAGUCCGUUUCAUCAAUGAGCAGGGCUUAGAUGAGGCGGGAAUUGAUCAGGAUGGUGUGUUUAAAGAAUUUCUGGAGGAGACCCUAAAGAGGGUGUUCGAUCCUUCACUCAACUUGUUCCGUCUGACGAGUGAGGAGAGGCUGUACCCAUCCCCAACAUCAUCAAUGACAGAAAAUCAUCUGCAGUUGUUUGAAUUCACAGGCAAGAUGUUGGGCAAGGCUGUUUAUGAGGGCAUUGUCAUCGACUGUCCAUUUGCAUCAUUUUUCUUGAGCCAAAUCCUAGGUGAACAGCAGUCUGCCUUGUACUCCUCCAUCGAUGAACUACCAUCACUAGACCCUGAGCUUUACAAGUCACUGACCUAUAUAAAGCACUAUGAAGGAGAUGUGAGUGACCUUGACCUCACCUUCUCCUAUGAUGAGGAUUACUUAGGUCAGAUUAUCACUCACGAACUACGACCAGGGGGGAAAGCAGUGUCAGUGACGAAUGACAACAAAAUUGUCUACAUCCACCUCAUGGCCCACUUCAAGAUGCACACCCAGAUCAAGGAGCAAACCAAGGCUUUCAUACGGGGAUUCCGGUCCAUUGUCAACCCUGAGUGGUUUGGGCUAUUUUCAGUGCCAGAGUUCCAGCGAUUGAUUUCGGGAGACAACGUGGCUGUAGAUCUGAAGGACCUCCGGCGUCACACGCAGUACUAUGGCGGCUUCCAUGACAAGCACCGCGUUGUGUGCUGGCUGUGGGACAUCUUAGAGCAGGACUUUAAGGAAGAGGAGAGAGCACUUUUUCUCAAGUUUGUGACCAGCUGCUCAAAGCCUCCACUUCUUGGGUUCACACACCUGGAGCCGCCCUUCUCAAUCCGCUGUGUGGAGGUUGGUGAUGAUGAGGAUACAGGGGACACCAUUGGCAGUGUCAUCCGUGGCUUCUUUGCCAUACGCAAACGCGAUCCAGUAAAUCGCCUGCCAACUUCCUCAACCUGCUUCAACCUGCUGAAGCUACCCAACUACCAGCGUAAAAGUACACUGAGAGAGAAGUUGAGAUAUGCCAUUACUAGCAACACUGGUUUUGAACUCUCGUAAAAAAUCAUUGUGCUAAAAAAGGAAAGUUCAAAUUAACUUUUAGUGCAGUGUAUGCAAUUAUCAGCCUGCUAAAUAAAAGGUACAUUUCUUGUGUUAAUUAAUUGAUUAUCAUGUGAGAAAUCACAUGAUAUUAAUGGCUUAAAAACAGUGUAUUAAUGUUUCUACAUCAAGUUAUUUCCAUUAAUGUUUUAUUUAUUAAAUAUUUUUCUUCUCAUUUAAAUACUGAUGUAUUGAUCAGUGUACAACUGUUCUUUCUUUCUAAAUUCUUACUUUCUUUUCACAUAUUGAUUAGUUUCUUAUUUGCUUGUUCUUGUUGCCAGUGUUCAUGGCAAGUUAAAAAUAUAUGAGAAGAAUCUGAAAAGAUUCUGCAAUGUGUCCAAAAGAUAGCUAUUGCAGUCAUAGUUUGUAGGAGGGGAAUAAAUAUGUGUCAUUGCGUAGCUAGAUAAUGCACUCUGAGGAUUUGGUCCUUGAGAGAAACAGAUGAAUAUUUUUCCAAGUCUACUGUAAGUAGAAUGUAUAUUGUUGUAUAGAAAUAUUGAGGAGGCUUUGAUUUCACUGAGGCUUUUAUGUAUGCCCCUGUCAUUGACCUGUGUUAUUGGUUUAAAUCUUUUAGAAGAUUUUGUUUGAUGAAGCAAAUAUCUAUAAACAUUCCUUUUUAUUUUACUCUAUUUUACCGUUCUUAAACAAUAUAUAUAUAGCCUGUUGUAAAUAGUUGAGACUGACGAGAAUCCUCUUCUUUAGUGUUUCUUUAGCUCCUUGCCUAUUUUCCAAAGGUAGGAACGAGGCUAGUAGAGCCUGUACUUGCAUCCAAUAUUUCUUCUACACUGGUAUUUCUUAUCCUUCUUUCUCUUUAAGUAGGUUAAUGAUACUUAGAUGGAUUUUUUGCUUGGUAAAUAUUGGAGCUGUUACCAUCGUUAUUGCUAAGUGUUAUGGUUUGGAUUUCCAGCGUCAGCUUGAUGUGCAUAUAUGGUAUUGUCAUCUGUGAUAUUAUUACCAGGUUCAAUGGGCCUGCAUAUUCAGACGUAGCACUCUGGUCAGUUGAUGUCAUCUGCAUAUUAUUAAUAAGCAUGUAUAUUAGUUUAUCCAACCCAUCCCCAUCCCCUUCAAUGGUGAAAAAAGAAAACUCUAGUGCCAAUGUGGUGAUUAAAUUUCACAAGCUGUAGAAGCUUGUGUCGAUGUGCACAUCUCAACUGACUGAAAUGUAUCCUCAGAAUACUGACAUGAUGCCCACUAGAGUAGAAAGUAGAUGGAGGUUGCAUGUUUUGAUGCAGCAAUUAUUUUUUUUUUUUUUAUUCAUUAUGAUUGUAUUGAUCAAUUUAUUAACCCUUAGAUGACGGUAUUAGAAAUCUCUCGACAUCAUAGAGCAGGAGUCCGCUACAUGUAACAGAAGUUCUGCUUGACACGCUCUAGUACAUAGCCAUACCCGGCAGAUCAAGGGGUUUGUUAUGACGGUGAUAUACGUGGCCCAGCAGUAAUGGGUUAAAAGUAUUAUUACUUUUUCAAAGGGAAAAUUUUAUUGGCGAUGCAGAUAAUAUAAGCUAGAAAAGAGACUGUGUAAGAUAUGAUAUUGGAUGAAUUCCUGCAGCUAAACAUGCAACUUUCCAUGUAGAUUGAAUAAUAAUAGUAUAAUAUAGUGUUAUGUACCAUAAUAUCCAAUAUUCUGUUUGUUUGUUUUUUUCACUUUUUUUUAUUUAGAGUUCGUUCUCUAUGGUUUAAAUAGAUUUGUAUUUUUUUCCAAAUUAAUAUAAACUUUUUCUUUAAAAAAAAUAUGAAAACAUUUUCUGCAUUUGCUCCUAUUGUCUUUGGAACAAUAGAUCAUUUUAUUUCUUCUUAUGCAUACACCAUAAAUGUGUUUGAGUGUUUGAAAAAAAAGAUGAUACAAAUAUAUAUAACAUGCACUGACUUUGUUUUAGUAAUAAGGGCAAAAAUAUAAGAUUCAAUGGUUAAGAGUCAGAUAUUGUGGUUAAAAAUGUGUUCAGGGCAAAGUAUUUUAAGUAUCAUUAAUGAAAUAUUUUGCAUUCGUAUUAUAUUUUUUAUGUGUAACAAUUUUUAGAAAUCUUGAAAUAACAUUGCUUUAAAAUACAAAUAUUCUUUUUUAAAUGUAUGGAUAUAUAAGUGCAGUUUCAUUUAUCUUUUUUCUUAUUUUAUGAAGGAAUUAAAGUUAUUCUUAACCUAAAAUAAAUAAUACUCCCAUGUACUGCUUGUAAAGCUAAUUUGCAUAUUUUU